AUGGGUGUGCGUUCAUUGGGUAUGCGACCAAUGGGUGUGCGUUCAUUGGGUAUGCGUCCAACGGGGGUGUGGAAUAACUCGGUAAUUGGGGUGGAUUCAGCGAAUAUACAGAUAUACUCAACCGAUGGUGUUCUCUAUGCAUCAGGUGGUGUUCUCUAUGUAUCAGGUGGUGUUCUCAAUGUAUCAGGUGGUGUUCUCUAUGUAUCAGGUGGUGUUCUCUAUGUAUCAGAUGGUGUUCUCUAUGUAUCAGAUGGUGUUCUCUAUGUAUCAGGAGGUUUUCUCUAUGUAUCAUGUGGUGUUCUCUAUGUAACAGGUGUUCUCUAUGUAUCAUGUGGUGUUCUCUAUGUAACAGGAGGUGUUCUCUAUGUGGUGUUCUCUUAUGUAACAGGAGGUGUUCUCUAUGUAACAGGAGGUGUUCUCUAUGUAACAGGAGGUGUUCUCUAUGUAACAGGUGGUGUUCUCUAUGUAACAGCUGUUCUCUAUGUAUCAUGUGGUGUUCUCUAUGUAACAGGUGUUCUCUAUGUAACAGGAGGUGUUCUCUAUGUAACAGGUAUUCUCUAUGUAACAGGUGUUCCCUAUGUAACAGGAGGUGUUCUCUAUGUAUCAUGUGGUGUUCUCUAUGUAACAGGUGUUCUCUAUGUAACAGGAGGUGUUCUCUAUGUAUCAUGUGGUGUUCUCUAUGUAACAGGUGUUCUCUAUGUAACAGGAGGUGUUCUCUAUGUAUCAUGUGGUGUUCUCUAUGUAACAAGUGUCCUCUAUGUAACAGGAGGUGUUCUCUAUGUAUCAUGUGGUGUUCUCUAUGUAACAGGUGUUCUCUAUACGUUACUCAAACGAAGACUCAUAUAA